AUGGCGACAUCAAAAUAUAGUGGUCUAAAACGACUAGCAGAUGAAAAGAUUAUUAACAGAUGGAAUUUGGAAUUUUACAUUUACACAGCACUUGAUGUAUUUCGAGACGGAGACUACGCUGCCUUCUGUCAAAUUAGGAGUAUAAUUGACAGUUUGACAGUCAGACCAAUCGACGGCAAUGGCGACCUUAUUGUCAAGUUGCUGUUCACGCAGUUUCUCUCUCGGAUAAACGAUGGAGACAAACUUGAUCGCACAUUUCAGAACACGUUACUUCCCCUUGAAUCAGCUCUGUUGGUGCUGGACCGUAUCGGCGAGGAAGUUGAUGUUCAGCAGCAGGACAUUGAGAGAGUGCGCAACUCCAUCAAAGAGAUGCUUGUUAUUUUGUGCAUCAGAAGCAAAGAGUUCAACAAAGCCAGUGACAUGCUACUUAAACAUUUCAAUAAAGGACUGGAUUGUGGCAGAGAGGUGACAUUUUUCACCAGUCUCAUACAGAGGAAAUGCAGCUCCCACCCUAGGCUUGACAAGAUUUCCUAUGAGGAUUUCAAACAGGACAUGCUGGACUUUAUUGAAAGACUGCACACCAUACCGGAACCUUUCUUGAUUAAGAAUGUCCGAAAAUUCAGAGAUGUGCGGGCUGAGAAUUUACAGACUUCAACAAAAGAUGGUGCCUCACAAGAGCUACAGAACAACCAAAGAUCUACACCUAUGCCCAGGUCUUCCACAGACUCGGAACAGCUGUCAGUCUCCAUGCUGAGAAAGGUUUACAUGGUCUUAGCAGAAAAGCAAGGAGUUGCUAUCCCCUUUUCCCAGCUCUUGGAUGAGGUGGAGAAGGAGGCAGAGGAGGAGAGUGGUAAUCCUUACUCUCAGGAACUAGUUCUCCAGCUUUCAGAGUCUCCUCUAGAGGAACUUGAAGUUGCUGAGAACCAUUUGGAAGAGGAGCCUCAUGAGCAGCAGAACACGGCUCAGCACCUGCUCAGACCAAGCACUUCUGAUCAGUGCACAGACACUUCUGCCCUCAACACUGACCUGGACAGCAGCAUGGAAACAGCCGUAGAGCACAUCUCUGAAAGCCCAAAGAGUACACCCGCAGAGUCACUCUCAGCUGACCCAUUACAGGACAAGAGCACUGAUCCAGAUCCUCAUCAGGCCAGUAUGCAACAUGACGCAGGCAGCCGCUCAGACAUUUCAGUACAGAGCCAGUCCAUUGACCCAGACAUGCAGGCUGAAUCGGUCUGUGCUGUGGAGGUCUGUCCUGAGGAUGUUGCUUGUCUGAAGUCUGUGUCUGUCACAGUCCCCAGGCUGGUGAUGGAGGAUGAUAGUCAUACUAGUGAGUCAGAGUUUGUCAGUCCCCACCAGCCAUCCACACCAGUCAGACAAGAGUCUGUAGGACUGGACCCAUUGAGCUCCUUGCCCACCGUCUCUCCUCCUGUCAGAACCCUCCGCAACCGUGCUGCCAAGUCACCAAGGCGCCAGACAGACAGUCACAGUGAGAGUGAAGAGAGAGAGAACGUAACGAUGGACUCCCCACUUUCAGACCAGCCAUCCACACCAGUCAGACAAGAGUCCGCAGGACUGGACCCAUUGAGCUCCUUGCCCACCGUUUCUACUCCUGUCAGAACUCUCCGCAACCGUGCUGCCAAGUCACCAAGGUGCCACACAGACGGUCACACAGAGAGUGAAGAGAGAGAGAACGUAGAGAUGGACUCCCAACUUUCAGAUAAGCCAUCCACACCUCGCCGCAUCAAACGAGGCAGAUGGAUGAAUGUGCCUGGGACUAAGGAGGACUGGAGUGAUGAAGAUUCUCUGUUCAGCUCAGCAGAUUCAAAGGGUAUUAGAAAUGGUGACAGUCAAGGCAAGAGGAAGAGGUGGUCUCAACAGGAGACCGAGUGGAUACGAGAGGGAGUGAGACGCUAUGGAGCGGGGAGAUGGGAGAAGAUAAAGAGUUCUUUCCCUUUCCAAGGACGCUCGGCAGUGAAUAUCAAAGACCGAUGGCGCACCAUGGUCCGUCAGAGGAUAGCAUGA